GACGUCCUCUCUCAAGCUCAACAUCACAGGAGCAGAAUGAAGCUGUUGGUUGUCACUGCUGCCAUGCUGGCUGUAGCCAGCGCUGCUAGCCUCUCCCUGGAGGAUCUGGAGUUUCACGCAUGGAAACUAAAGUUUGGGAAGUCCUAUAGCUCCCCUGCAGAGGAGGCGCAGCGCAAACUCACCUGGCUCUCCAACCGAAAGCAGGUCAUCGUGCACAACAUGCUGGCCGACCAGGGCAUCAAGAGCUAUCGCCUCGGCAUGACCUUCUUUGCUGACAUGGAAAACCAGGAGUACAGACGCACUGCCUUCCAUGGCUGCCUGGGCCUUUUCAACACCACCAAGGCUCGCCGUGGCACUACCUUCCUCCGGCAGGCAGGGAUCGCAGAUCUCCCCACCCAAGUGGACUGGAGGGAAAAGGGCUAUGUCACGGACGUCAAGGACCAGAAGCAGUGUGGCUCCUGCUGGGCUUUCAGUGCGACGGGCUCUCUGGAGGGGCAGAAUUUCAGGAAGACCCAGAAGCUAGUGUCCCUGAGCGAGCAGCAGCUGGUGGACUGCUCUGGGGCCUUUGGAAAUAUGGGAUGCAUGGGUGGACUGAUGGACCAGGCCUUCAGGUACAUCCAGGCCAAUGGAGGCAUAGACACAGAGGAAUCGUACCCAUAUGAGGCUGAGGAUGGUAAGUGUCGCUUCAGGCCCGACAGCAUUGGUGCCACCUGCUCAGGUUAUGUGGAUGUGACAUCAAUGGAUGAGCGUUCACUGCAGGAGGCAGUGGCCACCAUCGGACCCGUGUCUGUGGCCAUCGAUGCGGGACACUCCUCCUUCCAGCUCUACCAGUCAGGUGUCUACAAUGAGCCAGAGUGCAGCAGCACAGAUCUGGACCAUGGUGUGCUGGCCGUGGGAUACGGCACGGAGAAUGGGAAAGACUACUGGCUGGUGAAGAACAGCUGGGGCCUUGACUGGGGGGACAACGGCUACAUCAAGAUGUCCAGGAACAGGGACAACCAGUGUGGCAUUGCCACCGCUGCUAGCUACCCUUUGGUCUGAAGAUCUGGAAUCAGGGUUCUUGUCUGAUUGUAGCAGACCUGAAGAGGGAAGAAAUGAACUUAUUCAAUCUUAAAUGCAAAUACCUCAUGAUUCUCAGAAGAUGACACUGUGAUGAGUUUUCAAAAUACAAGUUCAUUUCAAGCAAAUCUUUUUUUUGGUUUAGUUCAGAGUACUGCACCACAUUUUUCCCUAGUACUCAGUUGUGCACUUGUGGUCUUUGAGACCUGCCCAGAGCACUUUAAUCUUGCAGACAGCUGAAAUACUGUCUUAGUGUUUGAUAAAUAGUUAUGAAGGUCUUCAAUAUUAAUGUACUCUAUUGAAUUGGCAGAAAUGUUAUAUGAGUGUAAACAGCAAGCCAAAGAAGAAAAACAUGACAAUAAAAUGUAUACAUUUUACCCAGUUACAAUGGUUAUUAUCUGGUAUUAAGUGGCUUGACAGACUGCUGUGAAAACAAUGCUGCUACAGCAAUGUUGCUCUGCCACCACUUCAGUUGAUUCUCAAAGCGAAAAUGAAAAAAAAAAAAAAAAAAAA